AUGAAGACGGUUACCUACAUCGCCAUCGCCACUGUCGCUGUUGCUACUGGAUAUGCCAAGUCCAUGGCCGGAGCCACCCCGUGUGCUACGCCGACAGGUGUAUACACCGCCCCUGGUCCGGCUCCGUAUACCGCCCCGGAGACUCCUGUCGAGUACUCUGCCCCGGAACCGGAGUAUACUGCUCCGGAAGCUCCCAAGUACGAAGAUGAGCCGGUUUCCUACACGACGCCUGAGACUGAUGACAAGCACCCGAAGCCGGACAAGACGCCGUGCCCGACCGACAAGGCCCCGACGUACCCGUCCACGGACCCGGAUUACUCCAUGACGUCGCCGUCUGAGGGUCACACUGGCUCGGCCACUCCCACGCACCCCACGACUGAGACCCCCAUGACUGAGACGCCCACGACUGAGACGCCCACGACUGAGGAGCCCACGACUGAGGAGCCCGCCACCGAGGAGGUCGUUCCUGGAACUGCCGCUCUUGCUGCUAACGGCUCCGGCGUCGAGGCUGAGGGUGAGAACACCGUCUCCGUUGCCGCUGACAAGACGUCUGGAUCCGCUUCCGCCAAUGGUGAGACUGGUUCGCUCGCUGCUGCUGGCCCUGGCGCCGCCCUUGGCCUCGGUACCUCCGAGCGCGCCUACAAGACGCCGUGCCCGGAGCCCGUGAAGGAGGAGGAGCCGGUGUACACCGCCCCGGAAGCUCCCGAGGAGUACGCCGCUGAGCCCGAGCCGAAGUACACUGCCCCGGAAGCUCCCAAGUACGAAACUGUUGAGCCCGUCGCCGACCCCGAGCCGGUGUACACCGCCCCGGAGUACCCGACCGCCGAGAAGACGCCGUGCCCGACCGAUAAGGCCCCGACGUACCCGUCCACGAACCCGGAUUACUCCAUGACGUCGCCGUCUGAGGGUCACACUGGCUCGGCCACUCCCACGCACCCCACGACUGAGACCCCCAUGACUGAGACGCCCACGACUGAGACGCCCACGACUGAGGAGCCCACGACUGAGGAGCCCGCCACCGAGGAGGUCGUUCCUGGAACUGCCGCUCUUGCUGCUAACGGCUCCGGCGUCGAGGCUGAGGGUGAGAACACCGUCUCCGUUGCCGCUGACAAGACGUCUGGAUCCGCUUCCGCCAAUGGUGAGACUGGUUCGCUCGCUGCUGCUGGCCCUGGCGCCGCCCUUGGCCUCGGUACCUCCGAGCGCGUCUACGUCGACUCCAAGGGUGCCUACUACACCUACGUGGAAGCGUAA